GUAUCGUCGGGAGUGUGAGGUAUCCGUUUGGAAAUGUCUUUGUUGCUCCCACUGUAUUGGCCACUACCAGUGCCUGCAGAAUUGACUCUCUUAUGGGCUGCGGAGUUGGGACCCUCCGCACCGGCGUGGCGGCCGCCUUGGAUACCAGCAGACAUUUUGCUAGGGCCUUUGGGCUCUCCGGCAUUGGGGCCAACGUCUUGUCCAUCAAGCCAUAGUCCCCCGGGGAGUAGUGGUUCAUACUGCUUAGUUCGAGAAUAAUGUCGCUUGCGACUGAUCAGGAUCGACUGGGGAUGGGGCUUCGUCAAAUGAAU